GUGUUUUGAGCGUCGAAGGGCCAGUGUUUAGUAUAACGCGGGUGAACCGACUGCACAUGGGGCCUUACCUUUGUAUUGCAACGAACGGCGUGCCGCCCUCUGUUAGCAAGCGGGUCAUGCUUAUCGUACACUUUCCUCCAAUGAUCUGGAUUCAGAAUCAAUUAGUGGGUGCCUCCGAAGGUCAGACUUUAACAUUGGAAUGUCAUUCAGAAGCUUAUCCAAAAUCUAUAAACUACUGGACGAGAGAGAAAGGCGAAAUAAUUGCGCACGGUGGCAGAUUUGAAACAACUCUCAUGGAUAAUGCUUACAAAGUUGUCAUGAAAUUGACAAUAAAGGAUGUCACAUCGACGGAUUACGGAGCUUACAAAUGCGUCGCAAAAAAUUCUUUAGGUGACACAGACGGGACAAUCAAAUUAUAUCAUAUUCCAAAACCAACGACUACUACAACCACAACGACGACGACCACAACGAUGGCAACAACGACUCAAGUCUGGCCUACGCAUGAUCGAGGCGAGAUAAUUGAGAGGAUCUCUAGACCAGAUUUCCCAGACUUUCCGGAUGUCAUUCAUGAACCAGAGAACGAACUUCCGGAGCACACUGCGUUGCCGCUACCUCGGGAACGCGAUCUUCGUCUUCGAGGCAGACCUCAAGAAGACGACGACAACCACAUAGCUGAAGACAUUUCCAGCGAAAGCAGAAAACCCACGUUAAAUCGUUGUAAUAUAAAUGUACCCCAAAUAUUAAAUAUUAUUAUACUAUUAUACAUUGCAGUUUUACAACAAAAUGGCAUAUGUGUGCUGAGUAACUUGUUAACAUAUUUAUAA